CUGGAGAUCAUGACACAGCAGCCGUUUGUCGUCAACAUUGAGCAAGGCUCAGCAGAGGCGCCGAGCUGCAAGCUGCCAGUGCCCUUAGACAAGCUAUCCCUGCAGCACAUCCUCUCCGCGGUCAGCUGAUGGCAGACGAGCAGCAUCACAUUCGUCUUCUGAUUCGUCAAUCGUUUGUCUGUGGUUGGUAUUAUGCAGAAGCCUGGGUCUGGUCGUGGCUGGCUGAGUGGCGCACAGCUGACGUACAAGGCCUUGGACAGGGGAUCGGGCGGUGCGGUAUUCGCCAAGGCCAUCCAUUGCGCAGAUGAAGGGAAGAAGGCAUCGGCGAGGGCGGUGCGCAACGCGCUCCUGCGGGCCGUAGACAAGGAGCCGUGCCCAUACAUCGCUCUGCAGCAUUUGCACGCUAGUGCGACACAGCCUGGGUCGAUAUGGGUCAGAAUGGAAAGAAGGGGAGGAUCGAUGUGGCGCUCUUAUGUGUGUGUGCAGAUUGUUGAGAAGUGGUCCACCGCCACGCUGCGUCAGUUGGUGGGCAAGACAGCCGUCAGCGAGGAGCUGCUGCGGUUCGUGGCUUGCGAAGCCCUCGCGGCCAUUGAGCGCCUGCAAAAGCACAGGAUUGUGCACGGCCGCGUCACUACCGCCGCCUUCCUGGUCGACGCAGAUGGCCACCUGCAGCUGAGUGAGUGGCGAUGAAUGACACGGCAGACCACACUGAUGGAUGACGGUCACUCUCUCUGUGUGUGUCCUGUUCCUGCGUGUGGAUGCAGGCGGCUGUGGUGAGGCGGAAAUCUGCAUGGACGGACAGCAGCUAUCGAAAGAAUCCCUAAGGGUACGAUAUCGCAGCCAUGUGAUCGAUCGUUUCCCUCUGUGUGACGCCCUCCGUCAGGCCGACAGCCGUGCUGUGGGCGCCGUGUUGGCUGAGUUCGCCUUGGGCGAGCCCGUCGGCAGCGACAUGAACCGAGCCGAGGUCAGACUGCCAUCUGAUGACUGCAUGGAUAUGUGUGCUGAUGGUGCUUUCUGGUUUUUCUGCCUGUCUGGUUCCAGGUUGCCGCGUUGCUGCGCGAUGCCGUCGACCCCUCAGCGGACGGCUGUGAGGCUUCGAAGGUGGUUCAGAAGCUGCGGCAGAAGGGCUGCCCGCAGCCCUUCAUCGACGUCAUUGAGAGGUCGGCGACCCACCACUGAGCGGAGGGAGGCCAUUCACCUGUGUGUGAGGAUUGUGUGCUGGCCUCAGGUGCUUCAAGCUGCGACCCGCGCGGGAGAUCCUGGGGUUGUCAUUCUUCGCCAAUCGCCCGACGCCAGACACCAGCCCACUGAAGUACGUAUGUGUGUGUGUGUGUGUGUGUGGAUGCAUCGAAUCGGCUCAUUCGCUCCUCUGUGUAUGGCUGUGUGUGGAUGUAGAGAGGUUGUGUCGUUUGAUGAAUCGGGUGUGGCUGGUGACGCUGGUGCUGGUGCAUCCACACUGUCCAGCCCGUCGCUGCCCGUGCUCAGCCCGCUCGACGUCGUUCACGGCAUGAUCUACACGCCAGUGGGCCAGACGUGCCUGGUCCUGGUCGAUGCGAGGAGCGAGGAAGAGAAGAGCGCGGCACGCCUGCUGGUGGACUCUCAUCCGCCUGCCUUGCAGUAUUUCGAGAAGAAACUCGCGCAACCACAUGUGGUAGGGGGAGGACUGGGGAGGACUGGGGACAAUGGCCAAUGCAUUGACUGAAUGCAGUUUGUGGACGAGCGGUUUGUGAACGAGGUUUCAGACUUCCUCCAGUGAGAUUCCGGCAGAAACCGAUCUCUGUGCAAGUGUGUAUGUGUGUAUGCUGCAGGCGUCAGGAUGAUGACCGUAUGUCGCUGUGGGUAUUCGUGUGCAACGGUGAUGGCACUGGCAGAGACGGCGUCCUCCAAACAGUCAAGCACAUACUGGCAAAACAGAUAGAGGGUAAAAGCAGAGACGCAGGAUGGACAGUGUCGAUUGCACUUACCAUCCUGUUCUGCCUGUGCGUGUUUGCUUGCAGGUGUAUCAGAGGCGAACUUCGCCCUGCUGCACGGCGGCAGGGAGGGCCUCAACGCAGCGAUAGCCGAGCUACUGACGAGCUGUCGCCUCUACUAACGGAUGUUGACCGGUUGUACUGCUGUUUCAUCGCUGACUGAUCAGUCACAGCACGGAUUCAUGAUCGUUCAUGAUUUGAGUGACUGAUUCACGCUCUUUUCCGUCAUACCGUGAGUUGAGCGUCCACCGUCACUCAGUGACGGUCACCCGUUGUGAACCGAGAGCUGCAUGCACGG